AGUCCGGAUGGACCUUCACGGACUAAAUUGUUUUUUAACACUAUUCAAUCAAUACUCAGAUUUUGUGUUCUGAAAUGAAAAACGACAAAAUCACCUUUCCUCCAUUUUGUGAUAUUUUUCUUUUGCCAAACCCCCUAAAUCAAUAUCUUAAAAUCUACUAUUUUUCUCUGCUUCCCUCUCCUUCUCCGUUCGUGCCCUUCCUUCUCACCUCACAACACCAUCUUCGUCUUCCUGUCCCUGUUGUCAGCGGCAUGGCUGCUCCAACCUCGACGGCGCCGGCACGACUAAUCUAACUCAGCGGACCCGGUCGACUUAACUCUUGAUCUCCCUCUCCUCUUGUGUUCGCUGUUCAGCCAAGGUAUGCCUUUGUUUGUGAUUUGAGAAAUCACUCUGCCAUUAAGCGACUUUGAAGGAAGAUCUUUUAGGAAGACACUAAGACAGAUUAUUCCUCCAAUUUUUCUAAAUCUUUUCACUACCAGCACUGAUACGAGACUGAUCUGCACAGGUGAUAUUUUAUUUGAUAUAGCUGUUGGUGCUUAUGGUCUGUGAUUUUGUAAGAGCUAGAGCUAGUAAAAACAUUUAUCUGCCUGUGGAUAACUUCUGCCUACCCAUUGCCAAAUUCAGUAAAGUCUGUCACUUGGGAUAUUUAGGUACCAUGAGAGAUAUCAAAGUGAGAGGAACUUCUAGCCUGUGUCCUACUACUGUAUCCGAUGGAGAAUCUCAAGUACCACAAUCUGAGUUAAUCAUGGACAGUCAGACAUCGUCCCUUGGUGUGAAACUAACUCCUGAAAUAGAAAAGAAGUUUGUUCAUUGCGUUUAUGAUGCCAUAGCACCCCAUUUCAGCUCCACCCGAUAUGCCAAGUGGCCAAAAGUUGCUGCUUUUUUGUCAUCCUUGGCCUCUGGAUCUCUUAUCCUUGAUGCUGGAUGUGGCAAUGGGAAGUACUUGGGAUUGAAUCCUGAUUGUUUCUUUAUAGGAUGUGAUAUAAGCUAUCCCCUUAUAAAGAUCUGUGCAGAUAGAGGGAGUGAAGUUUUGGUGGCAGAUGCUGUAAAUCUUCCAUACAGGACUGAUUUUGGUGAUGCUGCAAUCUCCAUAGCUGUGUUACAUCAUCUAAGUACAGAGAGUAGGAGAAAGAAAGCAAUUGAAGAACUUGUCAGAGUUGUGAAAAAGGGUGGUCUAGUUCUGAUAACGGUUUGGGCUGCAGAGCAAGAGGAUAGAUCAUUGCUUGCUAAAUGGACUCCACUUAACCAAAAGUAUGUGGCAGAGUGGAUAGGUCCUGGCAGUCCUCGCGAUCGUAAUAGUCCUUCACCCUUCAAAUUGGAAAGUAUUCCUGAAACUGAGGAGAAGAAUUUAAGACAAGUAAAAGAUUCCAAGGAAAUAACUUCUCGAAGUGAAGAUGAUUAUGUAGCUUCUGAUGAUGCAAGAAAUUUCAAUAAUCAACAAGAGUAUUUUGUCCCUUGGCACUUGCCUUAUCAUCGGGCUGAAGUCAGCGGCGCUUCUGCUUGUGCUGUCGAAAAUGGCUUUGCUAAGAAAGAUGAUAAAAAGGGUGCUGUAGUAUACAAUCGAUAUUACCAUGUCUUCAGCGAAGGCGAGCUUGAAAGAUUAGUAGUUGGCAUGGAGAAUGCAGUUGUUGUUGACCGGUUUUUCGACAAAUCCAACUGGUGCAUCGUUCUUCAAAAGACAUCAUGAAGAAUCAAAUAGUUCAGGAGUUAAGCUUUGAAAAUCUUAAAGCAAACAUAACAGCCUGGAAUAGUGCCUAAUAGGCAAUGACAUAAAAUUGCUGAGAAAGAGAGUAGAGUUUGGUUCCAUUCCAAUGUAUUUUCAAUUGGCUUUAAGGAUUUUGUUUCAUUGUUGUAGAAAUUGAUUCCAACUGCAUUGUUUAGGGGUUGGACUAGAAAUGUUAAUGAACAAUGCACCAAAAAUUAUAAUUUCUA